CAUAGCCUCGCUUCGAACCUAAAAGAAAAGAGGUAGGAAAAGUCUAGUGUUGCUGUUGACGAAGGUGGGGGUGAUGCAAUACAGCUAUUUUUUGCUUCAGAUCGACUGAUUUCUCAACUUUCACCCGCCGCCCGAUGCUUUCACUAACGUGAUGCCAAAGCGUAACGGCCUCUGGUUCGGUGGUGGUUAUCCGUCCUGUUCGAUCAGCUGAUUCAAAAAAGCUACAUACGUUUGAUGCAAAGCUCCAAAAAUGGCGGAUUUCUUGAUCUACGCUGAGCUUUUCCUGGUGGCAGUCUGGUUCCUCGCCGUCGGAGUCUGGCAUAACCGCCGGAGACUCGCCUGGAAUUGGCCGAUGAUCGGAAUGCUGCCGGCGCUGGUGAUCCACGUCGGGAGGAUCCACGACAGCUGCACAGAGAUUUUCCGGAAGACUCGCCGGGGAACUUUUACGUUCCAGGGGCCCUGGUUUGCCAACAUGGAGAUUCUUGGCACAGUGAAUCCAGCCAACGUUCACUACAUAAUGAGUUCGAAUUUCCACAACUUUCCGAAGGGUCCCGACUUCCGGGAGAUAUUCGACGUGUUGGGGGACGGAAUUUUCAAUGCCGACGGCGAGUCGUGGAAGAAGCAGAGGAAGGUUGCGAGGGUCCUAAUAGGGCACCAAAGGUUCCAUAAGUGUCUCGUGAGGAUCGGCCGCGAAAAAGUCGAGAAGGGCCUCGUCCCGGUGCUCGAAGCCGCCUGUGCCGGCAACAAGAUCAUCGAUCUACAAGAUGUUUUCCAAAGGCUCACUUUCGACACGACUUGCGCUUUGGUCACCGGGUACGACCCCGGGUGCUUGUCCCCGGAUCUUCCCGACGUGCCCUUCUCGAAAGCCAUGGAUGAAAUCGAGGAGGCGAUAUUCGUCCGCCACGUCUUGCCGGAGAGAAUGUGGAAAAUUUUGAGGUGGAUUCGCGUCGGGUCGGAGAGGAAGUUGAGGCGGGCUUGGGAAGUUUUGGAUAAGGUCACCGGCGAAUACAUCGCCAAAAAACGGGAGGAGUUGAGAAGCAAGAAGCCAGAACUAACUGAUAAAAAUUCCUCGAAAGAAAAGGAUUCUGAAGAAGAUGCUGAUCUAUUAACAUCUUACAUAAAUGGAGAUGAGAAUCAAACACUCGACCUAAAUUGCAACGAUAAGUUCCUAAGGGACACCAUAUUGAACUUGAUGAUCGCGGGCCGGGAUACCACGAGCUCGGCCCUAACAUGGUUCACGUGGCUUGUCUCAACACACCCCGACGUGGAACUCAAAAUUCGCGAAGAACUAAAAUCCGUUUGUCCUAACAAGAAGUGGCAUGUCUUCGAGAUCGAGGAAACAAGCAAGCUAGUUUAUCUUCAUGGAGCCUUGUGCGAGGCCCUAAGGCUUUACCCGCCGGUCCCAUUUCAACACAAGGAGCCGGUGAAUCCGGACAUUCUCCCCACGGGGCAUCGAGUGCAUUCUAAGACAAAGGUGAUGUUCUUUCUAUAUGCAAUGGGGAGGAUGGAGUCGAUAUGGGGGAAGAAUUGCCUAGAGUUUAAGCCCGAGAGGUGGAUCACGGAGCGUGGAACUAUUCAACACGAGCCCUCGUACAAGUUCUUGGCAUUCAAUGCCGGGCCGCGGACAUGUUUGGGGAAGGAUGUCGCGUUUACUCAAAUGAAGACGGUGGCGGCUACCAUGAUACAUAAUUACGACGUUCGGAUGAGCGAGGGACACCGCGUUGAACCGAAUUGUUCAGUUAUACUCUACAUGAGGGAUGGAUUGAAGGUUAGGGUUGCUAGAAGGAUGGAGUGAUUGUCUAGAUAUAUAUGUAUGGAGAUUGUUUGAUUUGUAUGUGUUGCUUAUGUAUGGAUUGUUGUUGUAUAAAUAAAAAUCAUAUGUUUGUUUUCA